GUGGCCGAAGGGCGGGGCCCCCGCUCGGUUUGUGGGAGUCAGAGCCAUGGCCGGCUUGGUUGACUUCCAGGACGAGGAGCAGGUGAAGUCUUUCCUGGAGAACAUGAAAGUGGAGUGCCACUACCAGUGCUACCGCGAGAAGGACCCGGACGGUUGCUAUCGGCUGGUGGACUAUCUGGAGGGAAUUCAGAAGAAUUUUGAUGAAGCCGCCAAGGUGCUGAAGUUCAACUGUGAGGACAAUGGGCACAGUGACAGCUGCUAUAAGCUGGGGGCCUAUUACGUGACUGGAAAAGGUGGCCUGACUCAGGACCUAAAGGCUGCAUCUGCCUGCUUUCUGAUGGCCUGUGAGAAACCAGGAAAGAAGUCUGUGGAAUCAUGUCACAAUGUUGGACUCCUGGCACAUGAUGGACAGGUCAAUGAGGAUGGCCAGCCUGACCUGGGAAAGGCCAGGGACUACUACACCAGGGCCUGCGAUGGUGGCUUUGCAGCCAGCUGCUUCAACCUCAGUGCCAUGUUUCUACAGGGUGCCCCUGGCUUCCCCAAGGACAUGGGUUUGGCAUGUAAAUAUUCAAUGAAGGCCUGUGACCUGGGCCAUGUCUGGGCCUGUGCCAAUGCCAGCCGUAUGUACAAACUGGGGGAUGGUGUUGAUAAGGACGAGGCCAAGGCUGAAAUGCUGAAAAAUCGGGCCCAGCAGCUGCACAAAGAACAGCAGAAAAACGUCCAGCCUCUAACGUUUGGGUAACGUGUGGCCCAUCCUCCCAAGCAACAGACAACUUGACAUUGGCACCUCUCUCGUGAGGCCAGACGAGCCCCGGGAGGUCAGUCAGUGCCACCUGCACCAGAGUGUCGCCUGCUGGGAGUGGCUGGAAGUGUGUGUUUCAGUAAAUAAUCCUUUGUGUGCAUUCUGCGAAGACACCCACAUUAUGGAAGUUUUAAUUUCUAAACUGGACCUUUGAAAAAUAGAAGCAAACUGUAGAGCCAUAGCCUUUUGGGGUUGGGAGACAAAGAGAAGUUGGGAAAUUUAGCAGCCACAGGCCUCAAAGAAUCAGCUAUCCUUAUCAUUUUGGUGGGAAGAUCUUGAAAAUUAGAAAGUAUCCUAAUUUGCAUAACAGAGGUCUUGAGGAGCUAAGCACAGCGCAGUCACGACUGCCGCCCUCUGCCUUAUGUAACCACAGUGUGGGCUCCUUGCCUCUCCAGUCAGACCUCUCCACAGAGUUAACAGGGAUCAGGAGCUCUGUGCCCCAUGAAAGUUGAAGGUAGUUAAUGCCUUGCGGUGGCCAAAGACAACAAGACCUAAGUGUCCUCUCCUCUAGAUAAGAAAUUUACAGUUAAAAAUUAACCUCCUCAGCUACCUCUGCUCCUCAGGGGAAGACAGAGGACUCUUGAAGCAGCUCCACCUAGGAAUUUGGGACAGGGAUGGCAAUGAACAGAGCCUUUUUCUUUUGGCGGGGUGGGGAGGGGUGUUCGAGACAAGGUUUCUCUGUGUAACAGC